UACUAGAGGAUUUUACCGGCCUAUAUAGUAAAAUAACUCCUAGGUCCUGAAGGCAACGUGUUUGGCAGUGCCUGGCAAGUGCUGAAUAUGUAGAAUUAUUUGGGCUUCCUUAACAGCGCUAUGAAGUGGGGAGUGAAACCACCCAGGGCACAGUUCUGCUUGUGAAGUUUCGCCUCUGAACUGGCCGGCCAGCAGGCAGAUCUCUUAAGCCCUGUGCGUAUCAAGCAGAGCGUCCGUAAACUUCUCAUUAACACACCCAAUCACAGAUUAGUUCCGUGUGAUGGAAGUAUUACUUUUAGAAUUGACCUUUUAAAGAGAAGCCUGCUCUAGAAAUAAUUUUAUAUUAUAUACUGUGGGCAGCCUAGGUAUUAUGAAGGGGGAGAACCUCAGUAGCACCCUACAAAAUCCUGGAGCUUAUCAACUCUUCCCAUACCUGUGACAGAUGACAGUUCGUGAUGCCAUAAAUCAAGGUAUGGAUGAGGAGCUGGAAAGAGAUGAGAAGGUAUUUCUGCUCGGGGAAGAAGUUGCCCAGUAUGAUGGGGCUUACAAGGUCAGUCGAGGCCUAUGGAAGAAAUAUGGAGAUAAGAGGAUCAUAGACACCCCCAUAUCUGAGAUGGGGUUUGCUGGAAUUGCCGUAGGUGCAGCUAUGGCUGGGUUGCGGCCCAUUUGUGAAUUUAUGACCUUCAAUUUCUCUAUGCAAGCCAUUGACCAGGUUAUAAACUCAGCUGCCAAGACCUACUACAUGUCGGCGGGCCUUCAGUCUGUGCCCAUUGUCUUCAGGGGGCCCAAUGGGGCCUCGGCAGGCGUAGCUGCCCAGCACUCACAGUGCUUUGCUGCCUGGUAUGGACACUGCCCAGGCUUGAAGGUGGUCAGCCCCUGGAACGCAGAGGAUGCGAAAGGACUUAUUAAAUCGGCCAUUCGGGAUAACAAUCCAGUGGUGAUGCUAGAAAAUGAAUUGAUGUAUGGAGUUGCUUUUGAAUUUCCCCCAGAAGCUCAGUCAAAAGAUUUUCUGAUUCCUAUUGGAAAAGCCAAAAUAGAAAGGCAAGGGACACACAUAACUGUAGUUGCCCAUUCAAGGCCUGUGGGACACUGCUUAGAAGCUGCAACAGUGCUAUCUAAAGAGGGAAUUGAAUGUGAGGUGAUAAAUCUGCGAACCAUCAGACCAAUGGAUGUUGAAACAAUAGAAGCCAGUGUCAUGAAGACCAAUCAUCUCGUAACUGUGGAAGGAGGGUGGCCACAGUUUGGAGUAGGAGCUGAAAUUUGUGCCAGGAUCAUGGAAGGCCCUGCAUUCAAUUUCCUGGAUGCUCCUGCAGUUCGUGUCACCGGUGCUGAUGUCCCUAUGCCUUAUGCAAAGAUUCUAGAAGACAACUCUGUACCUCAGGUUAAAGACAUCAUAUUUGCAAUAAAGAAAACAUUGAAUAUCUAGUUUGGACUUGAAUAUCAAGUCAUUGGAAUUUAUUUAAAUACUUGCUGUCACUACCUGGAUUGAAGGGUAAGAUCUUACAAGUCGUUAAUGUUUUUGUACUGGGAAGAAUGUGCUUGUAAGUGAAAAACUCCAUUCUUACUGCCCGAGACUCCAUGCCUGUUUUUUUUGUCUGUUACAAUUGCUAUUUCUUUGAAUAAGACUAAUGUAAAAUUUUACCCUCUCAAUGGAAGGACAAAGUAUGAAUGGCAGAGUCCUGAUGAAAGAUAUAUAUAUAUAUACACAUAUAUAUACACAAAAAGACAAUUUGUAUGUAAAGAAAAAAAGCAUAUGAUCUACAUUUACUGUUAGAUUGUUUUGAUAAGGAAUAAAGGAAUUCCUAACUAUGA